AUGCCUUAUCUGCAUACAACCUCUACUCGGGAGAGCGUUCAAUCUUCCCAGCAAAUGCAAACUGACACGAUCUGGUCAGCAUCGUCUUACAAUCAGGACGAGAAAAUCAACACCUCAACUAGCGUCUACAGACCCUUUCCUCAGGACGUGUGGGAAGACAGUAUCGUUCAUUGGAUCAAGAAACACGAGAUUACACUCCAUAAUACAGUACUCCUCACAGAACGCAAGCCAUACGACGCUGCGACUCGCAAGUCAGAUACAGAAGUCUUGAGUCAUUGGGCUUCAACAGAAGCUAAAUCUGUAUCCAAUUGGCAUCCUGUAAGCUCCACCAUAAUGCUAUUCUACAAGGUCACUAACAUGUUCUUCAGAGGCGGGCCACAUGAUUUCACAGGCCGGCCUCCCAACACGGUCCCGGAUCUACUCCACGUUACCUUGGUCUACCAUCCGGAAACACCUUACCAGACAACAUAUCACGUAUACUACGGGAGGCAUGGUGCAGACGAACUUCUCAUCAAACAUGUCACCAAAAUGGAGGAGGGUGAUAUUAAAUUACACCUUCAGCCGUACCGUCCCCCACCACCAACUCUAAUCUUCACGGCGCAACCCGACACCGCCAACUGCGUCGCCGCACAAGAAUCCCAAACACCACGAUCUCCUAUGAUGGGACCACACCAAUAUUCAGCCGUGCUCCAAGAUCUUCACCUAGCCAGAUAA